AUGUCACUUUGGCUUGAAGAGGAGCUGCUACAAGCAGUGAAAGAAUCCAAUGCUACCACUGUUGCGAAUCUUCUAGCCGCAGGGGCUGAUCCUAAUGCCGGGCUCUUCAGACGUGAGCAUGUACUUUCUAUGGCCGUCUGCAACGGGAGCGAGGAGAUAUUGGACCUCCUUCUUAAGCGCGGCCCCAUCGUUUGUAUGAAGGAGUCGCACAGUGACAACCAACGAUCGCCUACUAUUUGGCAUAAGCUCCGGUGGCUAGCGUCUGCGCUGAAGGGUACGGUCGUCAGAACUGGCAUAGCCCUCCUGGCGCCUCUUGCAAUGCACAAGCUGGCCAUGUCAUUGUCUCCUGGCUUUUUGCAAAACGUCGGCCUGUACGGGAGUCGCUACUUUUGGUUCCUCAUGCACGCUUCGCGUGCCAGCCUUCUCUCGGAUGCCGAUUUACGGACUCGAUAUCUCGAUUGGUGGACUUAUACCGACACUCUUUCUCACAGGUUGAAGGAGCGCUUUGUCAGACGCCUAUUUCGCAUCCCCCUUCCAAUUCUGUCUCCCAGCUAUGUUCAGAGUUUCGCCAUGCCCCUGUUACUGCGGUUUUGUAUCGACGUGAUAGUCGUUGCAGGCCGAAGCAUCCUACAUGUUGUCAGGACUGAUGACCCGGAGCGGCAACGCUGGACAGGAAACUUGCCUCUUUCCAACUACGACGGGUGGCUAUCGCCGGCGGAGAAAGUUCUCCGCGCGGUCCUUGAGUCGGAAUCAGUUACAGAAGCUAUGGUGCUGAAGCUCCUGCAAGCAGACACACUGGCAUCGCAACCUUACGAGAGAUCCGAAGCGGCUCGCACGCUACUCGGACUCGCUGUCCGCAAGUGCUGGCCAAGAUUGACAAGAUAUCUCGUCAAUGCAGGCGUCCCUGUAGACAGAGGGCUAUCAAGCCACUCAUAUGACCUCAGAUGGCCUGCUCUGACAGAGGCGCUUGUCUACGUCUUUCGUCCGCAAGACCUGUUCAUUGUACCUCGUACAUAUUUUCAUGGUAAGCGGGUGCUGUGGUCCACUGACACAUCUCUACGACAUGGUCGAGUCAGCACAUUUGCCCAGCUCAGGCGACCAGUGAACACUCGAAAUCAAGCCGUGUCAGGAUCCACCAAUGACGUUUCUGAAGCGGCGAGCCUCAUGGAGAUGAUGGACAUUCUGCGAGAUUGCGGAGCUGAUCCUUUACUGACUGAUUCGCAAGGAAAUGAUUUCCUUAUCUAUGUAAUUCAACAGCGUUGGCCAACAGAUGCUGUCAGACACUUGCUGCAGAUAUUGAAGGACGAUCCCGACUGGAGUCCCGGAACAGCUUCGCCAGUCCUUUAUGAGGCAGUAUGUCGCCAAUCUCCCAAUCUGGAAACCAUUCGAUUGCUCCUCGAGGCAGGAAUUUCGCCAGAGUCAGAAAACCGCGAUGAAAAGACCCCUCUCCAUGCCGCAGCGUACAUGAAUGACUCCACAGAUGCUCUAGAAUUACUCCUUGACUAUGGAGCAGACCCUGAUAAUGGUGGAAAGUGCGGUUUGCCGCCAAUUCUGCGGACGCUCGACGAUUGCAGCCAUGAAAAAUUCGUCUGCUUUUUGAGAAAUGGGGCAGAUCCCAAUGCAACGAACGCUGAGGGCAAAACCGUUCUGCAGGUAGUUAUGGAAGAGGCAUCGCCGCGCGCUUUCAGAGGGCGCUUGGUGAAGUCUCUUCUAGAGUGUGAUUCUCUUGUUGUCUUCGACAUCGAAACACAAACAUCUCCCGCAUUCCUCGCUGCCGUCAGUCAACCCAAUUCGGCCGGCUGGGAUGAGAAGAUCUUAGACUUACUGUUGGAAAGGAUUCCCACAUAUGAACGGCAGAGGCUGCUCAAUAGUGCACUGCAGAUCGCCUCUGGUCGGAACUCUUGGGAACAUUGCAAUAUUUUUACCGUCUUUUAUCUGCUGCGAGUGGGCGCGGAUCCUGUUUCAGUGGCGAAUGGUUGUGAUACACUACUUCAUCGGAUAUGUGCAGCUCGUAGGCUAGAAGACCAUGAGCAUCGGGAAGAUAUGAGGGAGCUCCUAUCGCGCCAAAAUUUAGACGUCAAUGCGUCGGGGAACGACAAAAAAGUGCCGUUGCAUCACGCUGUCGAAAUGGGUAAUCGGGACCUUGUCUACCUACUCCUCGAACACAAAGCCGACCCCAAUGUGAAAGACGUGAAAGGACAGACGCCACUUCAACUUCUUUGCUCAAGUAAGUCAGAGGAGUACACGAUCUCACACAGUCAAAGCGAUGUACAAGAUGACGCGAACGACGCCCAAUAUUGUGGUGUUCGAGGGCAAGCGUCGUGGAGGUUUGUUACCAGAGAGAGAAGAUGGAACAUCAAGCGCAGUCUGGAGCAGGAAGAGAUGUUCCAGGUUCUCGUCGAGCACGGUGCAGACAUCACAGUUGCCGACAAUCGAGGACGCACUCUUCUGAUGAUGGCCUGUGAGCAGGGAAAUUCUGUAAUCGCUGCCAAUAUACUUUACCUUUACAGCCUGGGAAUUAAGUGGCUCGCGGAAAUUUUCGACGAAGCCGAGUGCACAGGGGUAACCAUUUUCCCGUUCGCUUACAGUAAUGUGCUUCAGAGACCGGGAAUGGAGCGUCUCGCAGACGCUGUCAACUGGACUGACUGCUCAGGAAAGACCGCCCUCCACUUUGCUGCUGCAAAUGGUGACAUCUACACACUCAAAACACUGCUUAAUCCGCAACAGAUCUUUCGUCCGAGGUCCAACGUGUGGAGGUCAUUGGCCGAGGCAGGAGAGAUCCACGAGAAUAAGACAAUGAACCAGAAUCUUGAGUCUCCUACAGAGCAGCAUAUGAUAGAACAAGAGAUCGAAUACCGGAGAAGUCUUCUUGGCGUCCCGUCCUUUCUCCGAAAGCACUACAUUUAUAUGGACGAGCCUAAGGAGGACAAGUUGACGAUUGGAGGUCCCCGUCGCGGGGAAAUUCAAAAUAUCUAUCUUCCCAAUGUCUCCGUAUCGGAGUGGGAAUUGGACACAGAUGAGGGGAAAACCCUUGUUCGUCUCGAAGAGCAGGUGGAUUGUAGGGGAAGAACUCCCCUACACUAUGCCGCGGAGGGCGAACAUUUGGAGGCAGUGAAGCUCCUUUUGAAGUAUGAUGGUAUCGAUGUGCAAGCGAGGGACAAUUCUGGCAGAAGAGCCAUAGAUCUGGCAUUGGAUAACAACUUCUAUGACGUUCUUAACGUGCUUCAGGAUUGA